GUUUCGGUCGACCGUCACUGUGCUCGCGGGGUUGAGGUCGUCUUAGGUGACGUGGUCGUCCCGGAAGUAGCUGUGGCUGUGGCCUCUGGGAGUUGUAAGGAGCCUGCGGCGGAGUUGUUGUUGUUAAGGGGUUGCGGCAUCAUCCCGCUCCCUCCGCCUUCCGUGCUGCAGCCAUGGCGAAAGGCAGAGUCGCCGAACGAUCGCAGACGGGGUCACUCCACACGACCCCUGCGGGGGACAGGGCAGCGGGGACGCGAGGUCCCACGGCGCCGGGCAGGGGAGACCACCUGAAGGAAAAAGCCUGUGCAGAAGCUGGGUCAGCAAGAAUGUCGCUUCUUAUAUUGGUGUGCAUUUUCUUAUCUGCAGCUUUUGUUAUGUUUUUGGUAUAUCAAAAUUUUCCACAGCUUAGUGAAGAAGAAAGAGUGAAUAUGAAGGUUCCCAGAGAUAUGGAUGAUGCCAAGGCUCUAGGAAAAGUUUUAUCCAAAUAUAAGGACACCUUUUAUGUACAAGUACUUGUAGCUUAUUUUGCUACGUAUAUUUUCUUGCAAACAUUUGCUAUUCCGGGCUCUAUAUUUCUCAGUAUACUCUCAGGGUUUCUUUAUCCCUUUCCGCUAGCCUUAUUUCUUGUUUGUUUGUGUUCUGGACUCGGUGCCUCAUUCUGCUAUAUGCUCUCCUAUUUAGUUGGGAGGCCAGUUGUAUACAAAUACCUAACAGAGAAAGCAGUAAAAUGGUCACAGCAGGUUGAACGUCAUAGAGAACAUCUCAUUAACUACAUUAUAUUUUUGAGAAUAACACCAUUUCUGCCUAAUUGGUUUAUUAAUAUUACAUCUCCUGUGAUAAACGUGCCAUUGAAAGUUUUUUUUAUUGGCACUUUUCUAGGUGUCGCACCUCCGUCUUUUGUAGCGAUUAAGGCAGGAACAACACUGUACCAGCUUACAACAGCAGGGGAAGCUGUUUCCUGGAACUCAGUAUUUGUUCUAAUGAUUUUGGCUCUUCUUUCUAUUCUGCCAGCCAUCUUCCAAAAAAAACUAAAGCAGAAAUUUGAGUGAAAAAUCAUAUGGGUUUUAGUUUUCCUAUCAUAGUCAUCUCAGGAUUGGCAGGUUUAUGUGUUUAAAAUCACCUCUUCAGUAAUUGAAAGAAGGAAUUUGUGAAAUAAAAUUUACUAUCAGAUAGUUAAUGUAUUUAAGUGGCAAGAGAGAGAAGAAAGUAAAAAUGGAAAUUGAUAUACUAUGAAAAGUGCAGUCAGUAGUUAUGAUAGACAUCUUUUAAAUUACUAUUCUUAGGGUAGCUAUCCGUAAUUAGUAGCAGUGUAUUAGGAAGUUCUUGAUCCAACUGAUUCAUUCCAUUUAAUAUAUUUCAUGAACUGGCUGUACAUGCUUACCCUUGACUUGAUAAUUUAAUAUUUUUCUCUAUUAUUCCUUACUAAUAACUAAAAGAGGAAAAGCAAAUACAAAAUACAAAAGCAAAGAUUCUAGAUAUUUAAAGAUAGUAUUCCGUUCUGGCUAAUGUUAGCCUUCUUUCAGAAGCAUAAACUUGAAAACUAAAGCUCAAAAGAGAUUUACAUUUCUUUCCUCUUUUUACUUUUGAGGUAAUGGAUUUGUUUAGAAGUUACAUCUCAGUGGACUACUGAAUUUGGAAAGGAUAUCAAGUUAUAUCUAUUUUGUGAAUUUUAUUUUUGUUUUUUUCUGUUGUAGAUUAUCAUGGAUUAGUCUGAAAUUUAAAAUUCUGACCAGUCUAUUUUCAUUUUUUCUUCUAGCUUUCACAAUAUUUCCACUGUGCAUAUACAAAAUGGCGAUUAUAUGAUAAUUGUAUCAUAUUGGUGUUGAUAAUUUAUAUUCAGAUAAUAUUUUGUUACACAGUUACCUUUUAUCUCAAAAGGGGAUCAAAAAAGCGAACAUUGAAAGUAUGCAGUUUUUAGAUGUUAGAGUAAUUAUAUUACUUUAUAUUUUGAAACAGAAGCAGUGGCAGUGCAACACUUAAGUGGUUAAAUAUAGUUUAUUUGUUCCAAUGACUGUAAAAUUUACCUCAUUUAUUUAUUAAUCUGGUCGUUAAAGUAUGUAUAAUGUAAUUAUCCUUUUUAUGCAUGAUACACUUAGAAGAAUGCCUUGUUUCGUUUCUAUUGAUGGCUUUUUGGUUUAGGGCUGCUUUUGAUUAAUGUGGUUUCCCAAUUUAGUGUUUUUACUUUUUAUAACUCAAGGUAAAAUUAACUUCUCACAUGGUAACUACUAUAUUUAAAUAGUCCUGGAAAAACUAAACAGCUUUUUGCUGCUUGCUUAAUGAUAAUACCCUUGAUUCCUUGAUUCUAGGACAUAGCUGAUCUAAAGUAAAGUACUCUGUUGGUUUUACCUUCACCUAAGACUGUCAAGUUGAAAAGUACUUUAGCUGUGGGAGAAAUCCUUGUAUGUUGUGGGAAGUGUGAUCAUCCCCAAAGCCUGUUUCUACUACAUAAUGUGGACUGAUUAUUUUUUCUAUCACAGUAUUAACAAAUGGAUUUAUUGUAAAUACAAAGAAAAUAUAUUAAUUAAUAUACUACUCUUAUGUCA